AUGGCGGCCCUACCGCCCCCGUCCUCAUCAUCUCGCUCGAGACGGUCGAGGACGGGCGAUGUCAAGGUUGGUGCAUUUAUUGUCGAGGACGAGAUCGGGAAAGGAAGCUUUGCUACGGUGUACAGAGGUCGUCAUGAGGCUACCGGAGCAUUGGUUGCUGUCAAGCAAGUCAAUCUUACCAAGCUCAGCAAAAAGCUAAAAGAGAACCUCUACUGCGAAAUCGAGAUCCUCCGAGGCUUACACCAUCCGCAUAUCGUUGCCCUGAUUGACAUCAAAGAAACAACGUCGAACAUAAACUUGGUGAUGGAAUACUGUGAGCUGGGAGAUCUUUCGUACUUUAUCAAGAAGAGAGACAAGCUGGCAGAUAAUCCGGCACUUCAAGAUAUGGUUCGGAAGUAUCCCAUGCCUCCAGCAGGCGGGUUGAACGAGGUUAUUGUUCGACAUUUCCUCAAGCAACUUGCAAGCGCUAUGGAAUACAUGAACGAUCGAGACUUCAUCCACCGAGAUGUCAAACCACAAAACCUGCUUAUCCUACCAUCAAAGGAAUACUUGGCCCGAUGCAAGAAUGCUCCGUUAGUUAUGAGCGCAAGUGAGAAUACAUUGGAACCCAUGGUGGGUCUCACAUCUUUGCCAAUGCUGAAGAUUGCCGAUUUCGGCUUCGCCCGAUCAUUACCAGCGACAUCAAUGGCAGAAACACUAUGUGGAUCUCCUCUGUACAUGGCUCCAGAAAUUCUCAGAUAUGAAAAGUAUGAUGCUCGGGCGGAUCUGUGGUCAGUUGGCACGGUCUUGUACGAGAUGGUCACAGGAAAGCCACCGUUUCGUGCGACCAACCACGUUGAGUUGCUUCGCAAAAUCGAGCAGAGCGACGACCACAUCAAGUUUGCCAGGGACGUGGUAGUUAGCUCGGAGAUGAAAGAGUUGGUCCGAGCCUUACUGAAACGUACACCAGCGGAUCGUAUAACUUUUUCGAAAUUCUUCAAUCACCCAGUGGUAAAAGAUCCAAUUCCAGGAUUAGUUGGAGACGAUCAGCCACGAGAAUUACCAAAAGCUUCUGCAUCUAGAGAUGUACCUAUAUCUCGAACUCAAUCACAUCGGAGUAGUCAUGGGCAGUCUUCACGAGCCGAGCCGAUUAGCUCGUCUUCACCACGCGACCGACAAAUGACACCUUCGCCUCGGACUCAGAUCAUUGAUCCUGUGCGACAACUUGCUGGAACACCCCCUAGAGUCGCCCCUGAGAGAAGACCUAGCCUUCGUGAACACCGCCAAUCAACUUCUCGCCAACAACCCCAGGAACAACCUCGUGAACAUCGAAGGCCGCCAAUCAUUCCGUCAGCUACUGCUCCAAACCCCGAGGCAAUUCAAAAUCACAGGAUGCAGAACAUGCCUUCAAGUCCUCAUCAGCGGACGAGACAGCAGUCCAUCGAUGAAGUGCCUAGACGAGAAAGGGCAUCAACAACAUCGCGAACGCCAGAUACAAAUGCCGAUGCAGCGGCUGCAGCAGCGCAAGAAGUUCAAGAUGCUCGCGAAUACGUUUUGGUCGAGAAGCGUGCAGUUGAGGUCAAUGCGUUUGCAGACGAGAUGGCCGCAAGCCCACGGUUACAUAGUGGUGCUCGAUCAUCGCCUACUUCUCGUGGUACCCAGAUGACAAGACGAGCGACUACUCAGGGGCCACCCUCUUCAGCGACUGGAGCGGUACCGGCAUCACCAUCACGUGUUGUUCAGAUAGCACAAGGUCGUCCACGUCAAGAUAUUGUCACACAACGUCAAAGCUCAUAUGGCAGAUCAUAUGGUGGAAGUCCAUCUGCGACAUCAGCAAUUGCCAAGGCUAUUCAUGGUGCUAGUGUGAGGAUGUUUGGUGUCGGAUUCGCUCCUUCGUUAAUUGGCAAAGGAUUAUCACCUCCACAGACCUACAGUCCCUUCCCCACUUAUCCGGCACCUCAGAGUCCGAUCGGUCUACUUGGUGAUGGCCGACACAUUGCCCCUGUGGAUGAAGACCAAAAGACGAUUAGCAUUAUCGAAGAGUCUGCAAAUAGAAGCGAUGUUGUGUAUGGGUUUGCCGAAGUCAAGUACAAACAACUGGUGCCUCUAACACCCUCCAUGGAUCACGGUCUCGGAGGUGUUGCUAGAGAUACUGGUUCUCUUGAUGAAGAUGGACUGACCGUGGAAGCUGUAGUUGCAUUAUCUGAAGAAGCGCUUGUAUUAUACGUCAAAGCUCUUUCACUACUCGCCAAAUCAAUGGACAUUGCGGGAUCUUGGUGGAGUCGAAGGAAUCGAGGUGAUGGUUACAGCAGACCCGAAUCACCAAGUUCUGCUACGAAUACACACAUCAAUGCCGCUGUGCAAUGGGUCCGCGGUCGAUUUAAUGAAGUGCUCGAGAAGACCGAUAUCGUUCGAAUGAAGCUUAUUGAGGCUCAAAAGAAACUUCCAGAAGAUCAUCCUGGACAUCCAAGUCAGCAUAAUAGCUCAUCUCGAUUUGGAGGCUCGUCAGCAGAUGGUUAUUUUCUCACUUCGGGGAUAACAGCUGAGCGGCUGAUGUAUGAUCGUGCUCUUGAGAUGAGUCGAUCAGCAGCCAUCAAUGAGAUUGCAAAUGAGGAUCUUCCUGGGGUGGAAAGGUCGUAUGUGACUGCACUUAAAAUGUUGGAAGCUAUUCUGGAGACGGAUGAUGAGCCGCCUACUCAACGACGAAGGUCUUCAAGUCUGAGAGAGCAGGUUAGUCAAGAUGAUGAAGCUGAGAUUGUCUUGGCGGAGGAUAGAAAAGCCGUUCAAAACAUCAUCGCUGGUGUGCGUACAAGACUUGAGAGAUUACGACCUAGAAUGGCCAUGAUUGCAAGACAUAAAUCGCAACCGCCAUCGUCGCCUCGACCGUCAAGUAUUGUUCUUCAUAGUGGUGGUACCACACCAACCAUCUCAAACACGCCUCCACAGUAG